AAUGCCGCACGGAUUCGGAUUGCGUGCCAUCGAGAUAGCGUGUUAUCGCGGUCGAGAAUGGUAGGAGACACGACGACUUCAUCGUCCAUUGAUCAUUUCUGCCUUACAUGCAUGCUCAAUCAUGAUGGCAGGUAUGGAGGCGGAACGAAGACCAAGCGUCGACAGCAGAUCGAAGACUGCCCACACAGUCUCUGAUGGAGUUGACAAUACCCAGCAAGACGAUGAGAUCCUCGACAUCAUGCGACCAUUUCCGGACCUGCCAGGCCAAUCAGAUGAACCUGCUCAAUUCACUAUCCGAGCUCUCAUCGGUGGCACGAUUCUGGGAGCUGUGGUGUCGGCGUCCAAUAUGUACCUCUGCUUGAAGACAGGGUGGACAUUUGGAGCCAGUCUCUUUGGCGCAAUUCUGGGAUUUGCCAUAUUGAAGCCAGCAAGCAAAAUGCUUCCAAGGUGUCUGGGAGGAGGUUACUUUGGACCUCGAGAGAACGUAGCCGUUCAAUCAGUAGCGACAGGAGCGGGUAGUCUUUCCAUACUGUUCGAAGGAGCGGUCCCUGCCCUGUAUCGUCUGCAGCUACUUUCGCGCACGCCCAAGGAAGAUUUCUGGCGGCUGAUCACCUUCACCGCAGUCUGCGCUUUCUACGGAUGCUUUUUCGGUAUUGCUCUGAGGAAGUUCUACAUCAUCAGGCUGAGGGGUAUCUUUCCGACUCCCACCGCCACUGCUAUCACCAUUCGCAGUCUACACGCGGCAGGAAUUGCAGGCGGCGCAUUGCAGAAAGCCAAGGUGCUCGUGUCCACUUUUGCUGCUGCUUGCGUGUUCAAGACGGGAAGCAUAUACGCCCCAGGCAUCCUCUGGGACUGGAACAUCUCCUGGUGGAUCUACAAGACCACACCAUGGAAGAGCGUCAUUGCAGCUGGCAAUUGGGGUUGGUACAUUCAGCUGACUCCGGCCUUCUUCGGCGUCGGCAUGCUCACCGGACUGAAUGUCGGACUUAGUUAUCUAGCCGGAGCCAUCGUGGCAUGGGGAGUGAUUGGGCCGGCCACGGUGCACACAGGGGUCACCUUUGGCGUUCCUCGUAAAAGCAAUCCCGAUGUCAUCAGCUACAAGUCUCUGGAUCUUGACGAUCCGGUGAACAAGCCUUCCGCCCGCUACUUUCUUCUCUGGCCAGGACUGAUGAUAUUGAUGUGUGCUACGUUCACCGAAGUGGCAAUGAACGCUCCAGCACUCUGGAAAGGACUGAAGGCGGAUGACUUCUUGCUUCGAGAAGACCAUGAAGAUGACGACCCUGCGCCAUUGUACGAGAGAGUACCUAAGUGGAUGUGGGCUUCUGGUACAUUUAUCACCAUCCUUGUGACUUGCAUUGUGCUGGGGUUGCAGUAUAACAUGAAUGUCGGCCUCUCUCUUCUAUCUGUGAUUCUUGGGUUCCUCUUCUCUUGUAUCGCGACACAAUCAGCGGCCUCAGCAGACAUUGCACCAGCAUCAUACUGCGGCAAGGCCUCGCAGCUAGUCUUCGGCGGAGUAACCACACCUGGCUCCUAUUCGCUUCACGACAAACAGCUCGUGAAUCUCGUUGGCGGAAUGGUAGCGACAGGCGCCGCAGCUCAGUCCACUGACAUGGUCUCGGACUUGCGCACUGGGUAUCUCCUGGGAGCGUCACAUCGAGCUCAAUUUUACGGCCAGCUCUGUGGCAGCUUCGUUACAGUCUGGCUGAGCGUGGGCUUGUUCCUGCUGUUCACCGGUGCAUAUCCUUGCAUUCUCGACGCUUCGAUUGAUGACUGCUCGUUCAGCACACCGGCACUUGGAGCUUGGGUUGCGGUUGCCCAAGCCAUCACGAUGUCCAGUGUACCAAUCCCGCCCAUCAGCGGCUAUCUCGCCAUCGCCUUUGGAGUCUUAUCAAUAUUCGUCGUGUACGGUCGCUACCGCCUAUUUCCCAAGACCUGGUUGAUCUACGUCCCCAAUCUCUCUGUCUUUGGCCUGGCAUUCAUGGUGCCGACCACACAAUAUGCUCUCGCCAUGGCGGCUGGAGCAGUAGUCGGGUACAUCUGGCGAACCAAGUGGUAUAGCUCAUAUGCUCGACAUGGUUACAGUGUUCCGGCCGGAUUGAUCGCCGGCGAAGGUAUCGGUGGACUGAUAGCAGCGCUUCUAGAGAUCACUAACGUGGGCGGAAAUGCGUAUGGGAGCGGUGUCGGGUGCGUGCUCGAUAUUUACUGCGGGUAG